CCAAAUUCCACAGGCAAACACACCGAAAAAGAAAGCUGUAGAACAGAAGAAGCAGUAAAGCGUGGUCAGAUUUGAUUCUGCUUCUCCUAGGAAGUAUCGUCGUUGCCCAAAUCACCACCAACAGUACACACCUCGUUGUCUCCGCCAUUUUUGCUGCUCCUUCGCCACCACAACACUUCUCCCCCGUUAUCAAUGGCUUCCUGUGGUUUGGGGAUUCCAGGGCUGAAAUUUGGGAAAUUGGAUUUGGUUUGUGUGAGGCCUAAGCUGAGCACAUUGCACUCUUUUCAAGGCUUAGUGAGGUCUCAAGGAAUUUCAUUUCCUUUUGAUGGUUUGGCGGUGUCUCACAGAUCAUCGAGUAGGGCAAAAACUGCCUGCCAAAGUUCCAACGUUAGAGCUGAUUCUGCAGCAGCAGCCUCUGCAAAUUUGGAGGACAAUGAUUCUGAUGAGAUAGAAACAGUGUUAUCCGAUCAGCCAAGCACGCUUAUUCCCAAUUCAUUCGAGGUGGAGUCACUUUUGACGGAGCUAUGCAGCACAACAUCCAUUGCCAAGUUUGAGCUCAAACUCGGGGGAUUUCACUUGCACGUGACGCGAAACUUGGCUGACCAGACCGCACCUCCACAGCCUUCAUUACCCGCUCCAAGUACCAAGAAUUCAGUCGUCGAGACACCCGAGUUUAAUGGCUCGGCCUUGUCUCCUUCUUUAGCCCUCACCAAACCAGAACCUUCCUCAGGGAGUGUCCGAACCCUGCUCGACACAGCGGCUGAUGAAGGUUUGAAGAUACUCCAAUCCCCAAGGGUUGGGUAUUUUCGAAGAUCUCGCACCAUUAAAGGGAAACGGGCUCCCCCAUCUUGUAAAGAGAAAGAUGUAGUGAAAGAAGGUCAGGUGCUUUGCUACAUCGAGCAGCUCGGGGGUGAAAUUCCAGUCGAGUCGGAUGCUUCUGGCGAAGUCGUCAAGAUACUCAGAGAGGACGGAGAACCAGUCGGGUACGGCGAUGCGCUGAUCGCGAUCCUGCCGUCGUUUCCGGGGAUAAUGAAGCUUCAGUAGAUUGUAUGUAUGUAUGUAUAUUAAUGAUGUGUAUGUAUUUUUUGUGUCCAUUGUUGCUUGCUUCUUGGAUCUUGGUUUGUCUCUUCAGCCGGAGUAGCAUAUGUAAUAACUUGAAUGUUUUUGAGGUUUUGGAUUCUGUGAUGAAGAGAAGAGAAGAAGACUCAGAAGGUCUGGUACUCUUGAAA